GGUUAUGACACAUGGUCUAUAAAAUUUUUAUUUGUGAAUUUAGAUACCACGUAUGUGGUAUCGCCUUCAAAAUCAAUUAAGUCAUUCUAUCAUUUACUUUAAUACGAUUUCCUACGUUGAUUCUGAUAGAUUAAAAUAAUUAUCAAAUGUGGAAACAAAGAAAAUCUCUUAAAUCAUGUUGGUGCUUACCUAGAAAAGUGAUAAAUAUAUAUUCGGAAAAAGAAUCAUCUGCUGAAAAAAUAGUAAAAAAUAAAAAGAAGAAGAGAAUCAAGUCUUCGUUUUCUAAAUUUUUUAAACGAUAGAAGAAACGCAAUAAGAAUAUAAAAAAAGUAAUGAAACAUAUGAAACGAGUUCAACGAUUAUCUCAACCCAAAAUCAUUACACAAUCAUCAAAACAAGAAUGGAAUUCGGUUACGUGUAGAAAAACGAAAAAACGGACUUCACCUCCGACAGUGUCGAAAAGAGUGAUGGAAUUAGCGCUACCAAAAAAUUUAACUACUUUGAACGAUUUUUCAAAAGAUGUACGAGAUCCUUUUAAAGUAAGACCAUCUGCUUUGAAGGCUAUUUGUUCGCUCCGAACUAAAUUACUCGCUAGACCAAAAUAUGUAGAGAAUUCUUUCGGCGAACCACGUAAUAGCGUUACCCCAUAAUUUUCAUUGUAUCGUAAAUAACAUUUGUAGAUAUGAAUUUGUAAACUAUUGUAAAAUUAUUAAAAAGAAAGUAAUAAAACGUAAUAUUU